AUGGUAUUAACGGAAUAUCUAUGGCACUUGGCGCUCCGCCUUCCAAUGACAGAGUCAAAGCCAGGCUCGACCGGUCUAGGAAUUACUGAAGACGACGAAACAAUAAAAAGCGACGAUCCGCUUGUGCGUCAACGCGAUGAAUCUUUAUACCUUGCGCAAAGAGAAAUCUUACUGACUAUAGCGAGAUUCGACGUGCCAAAUGAACAGAAAGAAUGGAUUGAACUUACAUGCGGAUGUUGCUUGGCGAUUGGUUCGCUAGCUUCGCUUUACUUUUUCACAUACCCAUUCUUUGUGGCGCGCACUCGUCACCAGGUCUAUCCAGAUGUCUUUAAAAACCACUAUGCAUCACCAUUGGAUUACUUGAAAUAUUUACGUACUUUGGGGCAAGCGCAUGGAUACGCGAAAAUAUGGAGUGGAUUCAAACUACAAGUUAUAUAUCAUUCGCUGGUACUAGCUCAUGAUACGAUAGCCGAGAACAUUGAAAGUCUGAUGGGUAUGGCCAUAGGGAAUAGUUGGUUUCAAAAGUGUCGAAAUUAUUUCUUUGAUCCGAGGGACUUUAUAUCCUAUACAAUUCUAUUUCCUCUUCUUCACCUUUCAACGCUUCAACGUACCAACCUAUCCUUUACCAUUCCAACGAUGAGCGCCUUUCUCCGUGCCUACUGCACAACCAUGCGUUGUCUCUUCACUUGUCCCGAAAACGCUUUUUAUUUCAACAACACGCUCUUACCUGCAUACUCGUAUCAUGCUUUCUUCAAGAUUAUACAGUCUCACACGCGUACAAAAAUAUACAAAAAGAUCAAAAAAGAACAGAAACGUAAAGACGAAGAGAGUCUGUUUUACGAAUUCUUCCCCAAUUUUGCGAGUUCGCUUGCCGGUCAUUUGUUGGGAACGGCGUUGUUAUAUCCGUUAGAGACUGUAGUGCAUAGAUUGCUCGCUCAGGGUAAUGGCGGAAUGGCUGGUGCCCCCGGUGUGGUAAAAUAUGCAGGGAUAUGGGAUUGUAUCAAGCGAGUGUAUCGAGAAAACGGCAUUUUGGGGUUUUAUAGGAGUAUGCUUGGAGGAUUUUUUGGUGAGGCUUUGAUUGGAUGGCUGGCGUUAGAGACGACGUACUAUGUUUUUAAUAGAAUGCACAAGUGGAUCAAAGACGCGUAUCCGCAUCCAUCUCCCCCUCCGCGUCUUGGUGAAUAUGAAGAACGAAAUUGA